UCCGAGCACCAAGCAGAGCGACAAGGCACAGCUUGGUGGACAUCGAACCAAAACGCUGCAACCGCGUUCUACGCCUGUCGAACCAACUCUUUCUUCCCGGCUAUCUGACACGUACCAGCCCGGCGCGCUCUUGUUACCGUUCUAUCCUCUUAUAGCCUUGCAACUUACUCUUCACGCCUUCGACUCGUACGCCUUAGACCACCUAGAACAUAGACAAGAUGGCGUUCCCUAGGCCCAAGCCUACUACGAUGGAGACUCUCGCGGUUGAGCGCGCCGACCCCCCCUUCAAUGUUCGCAAGAUGGCUGUUGCCCUGCACGGCUCAGAGGAGGCGCUCCAGCUGAAGGAGAAGUUCAUGGCCGAGAUCGCGAGAAACCCCGCGUUCAAGAACAACGAUAUCCAUGACAUCUCGAAGGACGAGAUCCGUGAGCGGACGAUGGAGAAGUUUGGCGCCAUGGUCGAGUUUGUAACGUCCGAGAGCAUCGAGGUCUUUACUCAGCGCAUGGCGCUCGUCGGCAUCGCCGAUCCUGCUUUCUGGACGCGCUUUGGCGUGCAUUAUGGCCUCUUCCUUGGCGCACUGCGUAGUGGCGCCACUUCCAACCAGAUGAGCUACUGGGUCGAGAAAGGCGUGCUCGGCCUCAACGGUGUGAUCGGCUGCUUUGCCAUGACUGAGCUGGGCCACGGCUCGAACGUGGCCGGCCUCGAGACUACCGCAACCUUUGACAGCGAGAGCGACACCUUUAUCAUCAACACUCCUCACCUUCGCGCCACCAAGUGGUGGAUCGGCGGUGCCGCCAGUUCGGCCACCCACGCAGCUGUCUUCGCCCGUCUGAUCGUUGACGGCAAGGACCACGGCGUGCAGACGUUCAUCACCCAGCUCCGAGACACCAAGACAUUCCACACAAUGCCAGGCAUCACCAUCGGCGAUAUUGGCAAGAAGAUGGGCCGCGACGGCAUCGACAACGGCUACAUCCAGUUCACUUUCGUCCGCGUGCCACGUGCGCACAUGCUCAUGAAGAACACGCAAGUGUCGCGCGACGGCACGGUAACCAAGCCGCCCCUCGCGCAGCUCGCGUACGGAGCCCUCCUCGGUGGUCGUACCUCGAUGGUCGCGGACUCAUCCAACUCUGCCAAGAAGGCGCUCACCAUUGCGGUGCGCUACGCUGCGAUGCGCCGCCAGUUCUCGUCCGGUGGCAACAAGCUCGAGACUCAGAUCCUCGACUACCCUAUUCACCAGCGUCGCCUCAUGCCCCUCGUCGCACAGGCCGUCGCUAUUGGCUUCACCGCCACCAAGCUCCAGGAGAUGUACGAAGACAUGACGCAGUCGCUCGACCGCCUCAAGCCCACCGACCCGAACCUCAUGGAGACGCUCGCAAAGCUCAAAGAGACGCAUGCGACGUCGGCAGGUCUCAAGGCGUUCUGCACCUGGUCGACGCUGGACACGAUUGAGAAGUGCCGCCAGUCGUGCGGUGGCCACGGCUACUCUUCUUACUCGAACCUCCCUGCUCAGUACAACGACUUUGCUGUGCAGUGCACGUGGGAGGGCGACAACACCAUCCUGGCACUGCAGGCUGGCCGUGCUCUCGUGUCCUCGUACAUUGGCGCGACGCAGGGCGCCAAGCUACCCUCUGGUGUUGCGUACCUGUGCAACGAGGCCAACCUCACUGCCAAGUCGGAUGGCUCGCUUUCGCUCGACGACAUGGAGCGCGGGUGGGACUGUGUCGCGGCCAAUGCGGCCAAGAAGGCUGCUUACGAGUACGCUGGCUUCCGGAAGCAGGGCAAGAACAAGGAUGAGGCAUAUGAGCUUUGCUCGCAGUCGCGCUUCAUUGCCGCCAAGCUCCACACCACUGGCUACAUCUUCAAAAUGUUCAAGGCUGCGCUCGGUGACCUGCCUGAUAGUUCCGAGAAGGCCACGCUCACUACGGUCGCUAAGUUGUACGGCGUGUGGCAGGUAGAGCAGAACGAGGGUGUUUUCCUCAAGUACGGCUUCCUUCAGCCUGAGCACACGGACGAGGUGCAGCGGCAGGUCGACGCAUUCUGCGCCGAGGUGCGCAAGUACGCCGUGCCGCUUAUCGACUCGUUCGCCCUCUCCGACCACAUCAUCAACUCGCCCCUCGGCAAGUGGGAUGGCUCAGUCUACGAGUCGUACUUUGAGCAGGUGCGCGCGCAGAACCCGCUCCCGAAGGAGCACCCGUACUUUGCACGCCUCAUCAAGCCGCUUCUGGAGCGCGAGCCGUUCGCGCAUGAGGAUGUUGAAGGCGAGAUGGACCUCGACAACGAACUCCAGGAGAUGCAGGCCAGGAUGGCCAAGCGCAAGAGCAAGAAGCCCACCGCCCAGAAGCAGGAGUAGUGUAUCACCACUGUAAAUGUUAAAAUGUAGACUCGUGCUCGGCAAG